CUAUAUAAUAGAGUGAAAUAUAGAGUAAUAUUGAUUUUGAAAAAACAACAUUAUUCUAUAUUUCACUCUAUUAUAUAGUAACGUUAUUAUACAGUGAACCAUUGAAGCAAAUUUAACUCUAUUUUAGAGUGAAAUAUAUAGUAAUUUUUUGUAUAUCAUUGGAGAUGGUCUAAGUAGCUUAAUUAUGUGGUUUAAUCAUCAAAUUAAACAAUGUAACUAAAGACUCGUUCAAUGCAAGUUAAAACAAUCACACACACAACUAACAAAAACUCAUUUCUAAUUUAAGUAAAUCAAUCCUUAGCACACUACACACUCACUUUCUCACCAUAUUUCAUCCGUAAAAAAAAAAACUGAAAAUCCAUAAAUUUAGAAACCAAAAUAACAUUCCAAUUUUUGAAUACCUACGUCGGAGAUAUACAUUCUCUGACACUCUUUUCUUCAAUGCUGCCGAAACCGAUCGGACCAAACACAACUCUUGAAUCUCAGCCGCCACAUCACUACAAUAACCCACAACUAGUGGUUAUCCUCCUCCUCGUCCUCUUCAUCGGUUUCUUCGCUCUAUGUUGCUGCAAAUGUUUCUUCCACACUCUCUCAAAGGCUUGGGAUCGCCUUCACCGCAAUGGACCACCCGAAGAUCAAAUCCAAUCACAACCAGAAAUCGACGGUCAACCACCGGUUAACCCCGGUUUAGAGCCACAAAUCAUACAAUCCUUCCCAUUAUUCCCAUUCUCCUCAGUCAAAAAUCUCCGAGAAGAUAAACACGGACUCGAAUGCGCGAUUUGUCUUCUUGAAUUCGAAGAAGAACACGUCCUUCUCCGACUCUUAACAACCUGUUACCAUGUUUUUCAUCAAGAAUGCAUCGACCGUUGGCUUGAAUCUAACAAAACAUGCCCUGUCUGUCGCCGGAACUUAGAUCCAACCGCGUCUGAAAACAUCAAAGAGCUGAUCAUUGAAGUCAUACACGAAAACAGCAACGGAAACCAAGAUCAAACGUCAACAUCAAACGAGGUUUUGCGAUCGAGACAGAGUAAAGAGGUAAAGAUGGAGUCCUUACCGGAUAAAUUUUCGAGAUCGAAGACGACAGGUCACUCGAUAGUGAGGAAUAAACCAGAGGAAGAAGACCGGUUUACUUUGAGAUUACCGGAUCAUGUUAAGAUCAAGGUAACGAGAAGACAUAAUAAUAACCAAACAGAGAGUUGUAUUUCGUUUGGUGAGCUUAUGAGAAACAGAGAAGGCCGGUUUGGUGAACUCUCUGGUCAAUCACUUGUACCAGAAUCAGAAAAUUAAAGAACAUUUUUAUAUUUUUAUUUUG